AUGUUUCAGCGCAGCAAAGCGUGGAGUCUCUUCCAGUCUAAUCUUGGUGAAACUGUCUGGAAUUUGAAGACAAUGGUCAGAUUCGGGCUUAAUCCGUCUCCAGGUUAUCUCAUUGUGAUGGUAGAUUCAGAGUCCCCGCCCAUCCGUGUAUCCGACAUGUCUGAAAAGGAGUCAAACUUCAAAUUUGAGAAAGCUAUCUUUGUGACUGAUAAUUGGGUUAUUAUUCACUCUGCAGUCAAGCUACUUCACAUUGGUCUCAUAACAAAAUAG